AUCCUGUGUUGUGGGGGCUACGAGGAAAGGACCUCCCACCCUCCCCCACUGAGCUGCUUUCCCAGUGAUGAAAGAAAAUGUAAAAUCCUGAAAACCCUUCUUCUUGAUUUUUAAUUUUUUUUUUUCCUCUAAGACUUUAACCACUCUGGAUAGUACUGUGGGGAAUCAGUAGAGUGUACUAAACAGAUUUCUACUCUGCAGCUUCUUUGCAGGUUUUUUGUCACAUUUUUUCAGUCAAGUGUUCCAGCUUUGUGCUUGUUCAUUAGAGUCUCCUGUGACUACAGAGAUUCUGAAAGUUUGAAUCAGGGCCUGGAAAUCUGUACUUUGAACAGUACUACAGGUGGUAUUUAUGCCUAGGCAAGUAUGGGAAACAACUGUGCAGAAGGAUAAAGAAGUUCUUACCUGUGGCCAGACCAUUUUAAUGAUUUGGCCUUUGAAGGUGACUCAAGGUUGAGCCUGGAUGUUGGAGACUUGGUGCUAUAGACCAAGGAAGCUGCCAAGUGUUUCACUGGUUCCUAAUCUCAUGAACAUCAGAAUCACCUGAAAAACAUUUAAAGCUGCAAAUGUCUGAAUUCAGCUUCAGAGAAUCUAAAUCAAUAGGGGAAACUUAAAGCUUCCUAGAUGAUUCUAAUAAUCAGCCAUAUUUGAAGACCAGACCACCAAUGCGUACAAAAAGUACAGGAUUUGGAAUCAGCAUUUAAAUCUUGGUUCUUUCACUUUUAAUUCUUACGAAUUUAGGCAAAAAGAUUAAAGUUGUACUUUGGUAUCUUUUGAAAGAAAACAGAAAGUGGACAUUUUAACUAUAAGUUUCUUAUCAGCCUACAAUCAGAUGAAGGAAACUGAUCUAAUUAUCAUGGACCUGCGACAGUUUCUUAUGUGCCUGUCCCUGUGCACAGCCUUUGCCUUGAGCAAGCCCACAGAAAAGAAGGACCGUGUACAUCAUGAGCCUCAGCUCAGUGACAAGGUUCACAAUGAUGCUCAGAGUUUUGAUUAUGACCAUGAUGCCUUCUUGGGUGCUGAAGAAGCAAAGACCUUUGAUCAGCUGACACCAGAAGAGAGCAAGGAAAGGCUUGGAAAGAUUGUAAGUAAAAUAGAUGGCGACAAGGACGGGUUUGUCACUGUGGAUGAGCUCAAAGACUGGAUUAAAUUUGCACAAAAGCGCUGGAUUUACGAGGAUGUAGAGCGACAGUGGAAGGGGCAUGACCUCAAUGAGGACGGCCUCGUUUCCUGGGAGGAGUAUAAAAAUGCCACCUACGGCUACGUUUUAGAUGAUCCAGACCCUGAUGAUGGAUUUAACUAUAAACAGAUGAUGGUUAGAGAUGAGCGGAGGUUUAAAAUGGCAGACAAGGAUGGAGACCUCAUUGCCACAAAGGAGGAGUUCACAGCUUUCCUGCACCCUGAGGAGUAUGACUACAUGAAAGAUAUAGUAGUGCAGGAAACAAUGGAAGAUAUAGAUAAGAAUGCUGAUGGUUUCAUUGAUCUAGAAGAGUAUAUUGGUGACAUGUACAGCCAUGAUGGGAAUACUGAUGAGCCAGAAUGGGUAAAGACAGAGCGAGAGCAGUUUGUUGAGUUUCGGGAUAAGAACCGUGAUGGAAAGAUGGACAAGGAAGAGACCAAAGACUGGAUCCUUCCCUCAGACUAUGAUCAUGCAGAGGCAGAAGCCAGGCACCUGGUCUAUGAAUCGGACCAAAACAAGGAUGGCAAGCUUACCAAGGAGGAGAUCGUUGACAAGUAUGAUUUAUUUGUUGGCAGCCAGGCCACAGAUUUUGGGGAGGCCUUAGUACGGCAUGAUGAGUUCUGAGCUGCGGAGGAACCCUCAUUUCCUCAAAAGUAAUUUAUUUUUACAGCUUCUGGUUUCACAUGAAAUUGUUUGCGCUACUGAGACUGUUAUUACAAACUUUUUAAGACAUGAAAAGGCGUAAUGAAAACCAUCCCGUCCCCAUUCCUCCUCCUCUCUGAGGGACUGGAGGGAAGCCGUGCUUCUGAGGAACAACUCUAAUUAGUACACUUGUGUUUGUAGAUUUACACUUUGUAUUAUGUAUAACAUGGCGUGUUUAUUUUUGUAUUUGUUCUCUGGUUGGGAGUAUGAUAUGAAGGAUCAAGAUCCUCAACUCACACAUGUAGACAAACAUUAGCUCUUUACUCUUUCUCAACCCCUUAUAUGAUUUUAAUAAUUCUCACUUAACUAAUUUUGUAAGCCUGAGAUCAAUAAGAAAUGUGCAGAAGAGAGGAAAGGAAAAAAAUAUAUACUCCACAAUUUAUAUUUAGAGAGAGAACACUUAGUUUUGCCUAUCAAAAAGUCCAACAUUUCAUAGGUAGUAGGGGCCACAUACUACAUUCAGUUGCUACACGUCCAGCAACUGAACCUGCCAUUACCUGGGCGAGGAAAGAUCCCUUUGCUCUAAGAAGGCUUGGCCUAAAUUGAUUUUCUUCUUUUUCCCCUUGUAAUACUGACUGUUGGCUAAUUUUGUCAAGCACAGCUGUGGUGGGAAGAGUUAGGGCCAGUGUCUUGAAAAUCAAUCAAGUAGUGGAUGUGAUCUCUUUACAGAGCUAUAGAUAGAAACAGCUGUAAAACUAAAGGAAAAAUACAAGUGUUUUCAGGGCAAACAUUUUUUCUCAGUGUGCAUCUGUUGAAAUGCUCACGACUUAAUUAUUUGCCUGUUGAAAUCACUGUAAAUGCCCCAAUCCAGUUCCUCCUCUUCCCGGGUGUGCCAAGGAAUUAAUCUUGGUUUCACCACAAUUAAAAUUCACUCCUUUCCAAUCAUGUAAUUGAAAGUGCCUUUAACGAAAGAAGUGGUCACUGAAUGGGAAUUCUCUUACGAAACCCUAAGAUUAAAAAAAGACUAUUUGGAUAACUUAGAGGAAAGCCUAGAACCUCCCAAUAUAGUGGGGAUUUUUUUCUUCUUCCCUUUCUCUUUUGGACAAUAGUUAAAUUAGCAGUAUUAGUUAUGAGUUUGGUUGCAGUGUUCUUAUCUUGUGGGCUGAUUUCCAAAAACCACAUGCUGCUGAAUUUACCAGGGAUCCUCAUACCUCACAAUGCAAACCACUUACUACCAGGCCUCUUUCUGUGUCCGCUGGAGAGCUUGAGCUCACACUCAAAGAUGAGAGGACCUACAGAGAGGGCUCUUUGGUUUGAGGACCAUGGCUCACCUUUCCUGCCUUUGACCCAUCAUACCCCAUUUUCUCCUCUUUCCCUCUCCCCACUGCCAAAAAAAAAAAAAAGGAAAAGUUUAUCAUGAAUCAACAGGUUUUCAGUCCUUAUCAGAGAGAGAGAUGUGGAAAGAGCUAAAGAAACCACCCUCUGUUCCUGACUCUACUUCACCCAUAUUUUAUGCAACACAAACACUGUCCUUUUGGGUCCCUUUCUUACAGAUGGACCUCUUGAGAAGAAUUAUCGUAUUCUACGUUUUUAGCCCUCAGGUUACCAAGAUAAAUAUAUGUAUAUAUAACCUUUAUUAUUGCUAUAUCUUUGUGGAUAAUACAUUCAGGUGGUGCUGGGUGAUUUAUUAUAAUCUGAACCUAGGUAUAUCCUUUGGUCUUCCACAGUCAUGUUGAGGUGGGCUCCCUGGUCUGGUUAAAAAGCCAGGUAUCAUGUAACUUCACCCCAGCCUUUGUACUGAGCUCUUGAUAAUGGAUAUACUCUUUUCAAUUUAGCCCCAAUAUAGGGUAAUGGAAAUUUCCUGCCCUUUGGAUUCCCUAUUUUUACUGUUAAGAAGACCAGUGAUAAUUUAAUAAUCCACCAACUCUGGCUUAGUUAAGUGAGAGUGUGAACUGUGUGGCAAGAGAGCCUCACACCUCACUAGGUGCAGAGAGCCCAGACCUUAUGUUAAAAUCACGCACUUGAAAAGCAAACCUUAAUCUCCUAAGACAGCAGCAGGCAUUGUAUGGUAAUCUUGAAUGAUCCCUUUGGAUUUUUUUUUUUUGGUUUAAAUCAAGCCUGAGGCUGGUGAACAGUAGCUACACACCCAUAUUGUGUGUUCUGUGAAUGCUAGCUCUCUUGAAUUUGGAUAUUGGUUAUUUUUUAUAGAGUGUAAACCAAGUUUUAUAUUCUGCAAUGUGAACAGGUACCUAUCUGUUUCUAAAUAAAACUGUUUACAUUCAU